GUGUGAAUGGGUGAAUGAGAGGCAUCAAUUGUAAAGCGCUUUCGAUAGAAGCGCUAUAUAAAUGCAGUCCAUUUACCAAAAGUUUCAAUGCUGUAAAGAUCGGUUUCUGACAGUUUGUGCAAAAAUUCCUUGGUUGUGCAAACCAGCAGUUUCAUCAGCAGUUGGCAUGGCUGGUCUCAGACGAUCCUGUCGGUGUAGAAGCUGGAUGUGGAGGGCCUGGGUGGUCGUGGUUACAUGUGGUCUUGAGGUUGCGAGGCCGGUUGGAAAGUACUGCCAAAAUCUCACAAACAACACUGGAGGUGUCUUAUGGUUGAGGAAAGAACAUUCAGGUCAACGAGCCAAUUGCUGCAAAACUGAACAUUUCUAAAAGUUCUGGGAUCUUUCAUUUCAGCUCAUGAAUCAUGGGAUCAAAACACAAAAAGUUCUGUUUAUAUUUUUGUUGAAUGUAAUAAUGAUAAUAAUGUUGAUAAUAAUAAUAAUAAUAAGUAGAAGAAAAGCAGCUCAAAGUACUCCCAAGUAGAACAAAUAGAAAAAAAUGUAAUCUGAAACAUAGGUAAAACAAUAAAUGGUUGCCACAAUUACAUAAAAGCUAUCUCAAACACGUGCCUUUUGUAGCAGAGUCUGAAAGUCAGUGGUAGAUGAAACGUCUUCUCUUAUUUUAAGUGGCAUGGUGAUUUAACAGUCAUAACUGUACACAGUCGUCACCCGACCACUCCUGCGCAUUGGUGCUCUCUCCUCUUCAGUGUGCGCAGCCCACCAAGCCGAUGGUCUCUAUCUGUGACUGUCAACCGUAAGAAUAACAGGAAGCUAAUAAAAAAAAUAGUUUCCUGUUAGACCAGCAUUAACAUUCAUGGGUUCAUUUUUGGUGGUGCAGCGGUGGUCAGGCACACAUUCGUGCUAACAAGGCAUGCAGAUUACUGUAUAGCACACGGGCUCACAAAGCGGCAGCUACAGUGAGACUAUGAGAAGUACGCGAGUUUGCAUUGACCCUUGCAUACAUACGAUCAGUUACAUUCACGAGAGAAUGACGAGGACAGGAUAUGCUUUUUUUUCACUUCCUCUGAAGCGACCUUUCUCCAGCGAUGUCCUGCAGAACAGCACUGGGACCACAAGUGCGCAUGUGCGAGCGAGAUGUGCGAUGAUUGACAGAUAGACAGACAGACAGAUUGACAGACAGACAGACAGACAGACAGACAGACAGACAGAUAGAUAGACAGACAGACAGAUAGAUAGAUAGAUAGAUAGAUAGACAGACAGACAGAUAGAUAGAUAGUUGUCUUUAUUAAUCCCCAGAGGGAAAUUCAAUCAUCAUAGCAGCCAGGUACAUUAAAUCAUAAGACAACAGGUACAUAAACACAAAUAUUCAACCACUCAAAUAUAAUCAAAUAUCUAUUCAACCAUUACAGUGUGCAAAGACCAACGUGAUCAGAACAAUAAGUAAAAAAGUCAAAUAGCAGCCAGAUAAACCCACGCGUUCAAACACAUUCAAGUGCUCUGGUGGUCCUGAUGUGCAAAUAGCAGAGUGUUAAAAACAGAUGAUGAAAGCAAGUUCAGUCCACGAGCAGUUCAGUGUCAGCAGGCCUGGCAAAGGCAGAUGCAUUGUAGCGUCUGAUAGCACCCGGCAGGAAUGACCUCCUGUGUUGCUCCUUUACACACCGGGGCUGAAUGAGUCUGCUGCUAAAGGCGCUCUUUAGCUUGGCUGACAUGCUGUGUAGGGGGUGGGAGGCGUUAUCCAAGAUCGCCAGCAGUUUUGCCAGCAUUCUGUCCUACGCCACCUCCUCCAUCUUGGAUCCAAUGACAGACCCAGCCUUCUUGAUGAGUUUGUUCCGUCUGUUGGCGUCCUUUGCUUUGAUGCCCUCCAGGGCUGGCCAUUGGCAUAAAUGCACUAUGCGCUUAUUUAGGGCCACAACUGCUAGGCGGGGCCACACAAUCUAUUGUUUAUCUAAAGUAAAUAACGUAUUUUUCGUAAUUACGUUAUUUAUCCCCUAUCGCGGAACUAGCGGUAUAAAUUUAAAAUGGAAUGUCAACAGAACAUUUCAUAACAAUGUAAUGUAAGAAGGAUUUUACAAAGAGAACUGGUAUAAAGAAAUUUUUUUAACUCAAAUUCUACAUCUGAACAUUCGAUGCAACUCAGAGAUCACCAUGUUUCACUGCUAGCUAGUACCAUUGCUUACAUGAAAGAGUGGGUGGUCCCCAAUGACAGAGGGGUGGGGAUAUUAAAAUACCAGGUCAAAUGUUCAUUGGUUGGCCCAAACAAAGUCUGUUCUCAACAAAGAAAAAAAAGGGUCCUUGUUUAGAUUUGCCCAUUUUAAAAAUGGAAGUGACCAAAAUUUCAUUUCCACUGAAAACCACUCAUCAAGUAAAUGUGACUGUCUGACAAUGUUCCACUAGUGCACUAGAGUCUCCUCAUUCGACCACGUAUUUGCUAUAUAUACACUGGGGGUUCAUAUUUUUCACAAAAGACUUAGUUGUUGGAAUCGCAAUGGACCUCAAAGCAUUUUACAUCUUCUGUGUGCUGUUCUCUCUUUUGUCAGGAGAGAGCUGUGGCCAAACAGUGUACGGUAAGAUAGGAGAAAACGUAUACCUACAUCUGCGGGAGUCACACAGAAGGUCUUUCUCUGAUUUUCAAUGGAGGCGCCAAAAUAUACUUAUAGCCAAGACAGCACGUUCUUUUAACACUUUUGCAGAGGUUUUUAGUAAUGGAACACUGAAACUGCAGAUUGUCGGGAGAAACUGCAGUGGAGUUUAUAGUGUUAGUGCCUACGAUGCCAAUGGCACGGUCCAUCUGAAGGAGAGCUCUCACUUGGUUGUGGUUGAUCCUCCGGUGGUUGAGCUUGUUGCCUGUAUCCUGGGUGUUUCUGUGUUACACUGUGCGGGGGAAAACGGUCCUGAUGCCGUGUACGAAUGGAGAGUCAGCAUCCAGAACCAGGGAGGUCUAAAUGUCUCCAAUCAUACAGGGAAACAUGUGACUCUGGACUAUUCAACUGGAAACAUCUCCUGCUCUCUGAUAAUGGGAAACUACAGGAGUCAGAGUGUGUCUUAUUCCCUGUCCUGUGCAGGGUCUGCUUGGAUGGUUCCAGAAACACAGUUGUGUGUCAGUCUCGGGGUCACUGUCAUGCUGGUCCUUCUCUGCUUCAUGACAUGUGGAAUUUCAGUCGGUGUACAAAUAUGCCGCAAGCGACAGAAUUCAAAUGAGAAGUCUGAAGGAUCUGGUCCCUUUCUUGAGAUGACCCAUGUAUUGUUCACAGUGAAGUCAGAUUUGGAAAAGGACAAAUAACUUUUUCAUCCCUUUUAUUAAUAAAUCACUGUAAAAGUCUAUUUCAUUAAAACAACAAAGUAUUCUAUUUUCAUAACAAAAAUUAAAUAUUUAGAAAGUAGUAAUUCUGUACUUUUGUAUUUUUAAGAAUAAAGAACUUAUGUAACUUU